AUGGCAAAUCCUAGUUGGCUGAAUAUGUAUCCGGUUGCUGAAGCAAUUUUCUUCCAGGAGGGCCUCUUUGAUCACACCCCCGUAAUAUUGACAGUUUAUCCCUCACUUCCAAGUGGUAGAAAACCGUUUAAAUAUUUUCCAAUGUGGUCGAGUUCCCCUCAUUAUCAAAAGCAAGUUGCUGACAGUUGGAAGGUAUCGGUUGUGGGAACUAAAAUGUAUCAAAUAGUCACCAAACUGAAGAGGCUCAAACCGGUUUUGACAGCAAUCAACAAGCAAGGUUUUGCUGAUGUACAAGGAGAAGAAAUGAGGGUGAAGGAGCUUAUGAAUGAGUGUCAACAAAGGCUGAAUCAUGAUCCAUUAAAUGUAACUCUAAUGCAGCAAGAGAAAGAAGUACGCGAGCAGUAUGCUGAGAAGCAUAAAGUACUAAUUUCUUUUCUGCAACAAAAAUCCAAGGUUAAUUGGAUUAAAAAUGGGGAUUCCAACACAUCAGUCUUUCAUUCAAGUAUCAAGGACAGAACAAGGAAAAAUAGAAUUCUUUCCGUUGUCAAUGCUCAAGGUGAUAGAGUUGAUGAUCAAGAGAAGAUCACUGAGGCUUUCCUAGACUAUUACAAGGAGUUAUUGGGGACAAGCAUGAUAGGAAGGCAGAGGGUUAAAACUUCAGUAAUGAAUGAGGGGCCUUUGAUAACAAGUACACAUGCUGAAGCGUUGAUGACAGACUUCUCUAAAGAGGAAAUAAAAGCUGCCAUGUUUAGCAUUCCUGGGGUGAAGAGUCCGGGGCCAGAUGGUUAUGGAAGUUAUUUUUUCCAAGACAAUUGGGAGCUAGUUGGAGAUGAAACCUGUGAAGCUAUUGCCUCCUUCUUGAAGUCAGUCUCUCUAAAUCAGGGAGGAUUUAUUAAAGGUAGAUAUAUAGCACAUAACAUCAUGAUAUGCCAAGAUCUAAUUAGGAAUUAUGGUAGGAAGGAGUCUAAGCCUAAUUGUAUGAUCAAACUUGAUCUUCAAAAGGCGUAUGACACAAUGGAUUGGGAUUUUUUGGAGGAAAUGUUACAUGCUUUUGAAUUCCCGGAGAAGUUCAUAAGUGGAAUGGAGGAAAGGGAGAUAAAAAAUGUGCUGGACAUGACUGGAUUUUCGAGACAGGAUGCACCAUUCAAGUAUUUGGGAGUUCCCAUCUGUGCAAGGAAAAUUGCAGCCUCUGAUUGUGUCACACUUGCUCAAAAGAUGACUAAUAAAAUAAGGUAUGGUCAACUAGAAAUCUGUCAUAUGCUGGGAGGGAAGAGUAUAAUGGAAGAAGCUGGAGCUGUUGGUUGGGAUAAUUUGUGCUACCCGAAAAAAGAAGGUGGACUUGGCCUAUUGAACAUUGCUCAAUGGAAUAUAGCUGCCAUGUUUAAACACAUAUGGGCUGUGGCAAAUAAAAAGGACAAUCUUUGGGUGAAAUGGGUGCAUUGUGUAUAUAUAAAAAAUCACAAUUGGUGGGAGUAUAAAGCUUCCCAAAGUAGUAGUUGGUAUUGGAGGAAAAUGGUGUCUAUUAAAGAUUUAGUGAAACAGACAUUGAACUAUGAAGAAUUUUCGAAGGAAGAGUAUAAAGUAGCGGCAGGCUAUAAGCUUCUAGUUCAAGAACAGGGAAGGGUGGACUGGUGCAAUGAAGUCUGGUCUAGAAUUAACACCCCGAAGCACAGCUUUCUCACCUGGUUAGCCAUAUUGCAGAGAUUGAAAACUAAAGAUCGGCUUUGCAGGUUCAGAGUAAUUGACUCCCCAGUCUGCAGCUUCUGCAAUAUUGCAGAUGAAACAACCGAGCACCUGUUCUUCAGGUGUGAUUUUUCCCAGCAAUGUCUGAUGCAAGUGAAGAACUGGCUUCAGUGGAAGGCUCGAGCUGAUACUAUGCAGGUUGUGCUUAAAACAAUAAGGAAAGCCAAGCAAACCAAAUUCAAGACGAAUGUCAAACCUUCAAGUAUAGCAGCACUUGUAUACUUGAUUUGGAAGGCAAGGAAUGAUCUUAUUUGGCAAAAGAAGGUGCUAAAGGCAGAGGAGCUGGUCCAGCGGCUUCAAAAGAUUGUCAAAACUAGAACUAUGCUUGUAUUGCCACAAAAAGUGAAAAUCAAAGAUAGAGAAUGGUUUGAUUGUUUGUAA